AUGAAUCUUGCUCGCCAUUCCAUCAGUUCUACAACUCCAGUCCUUAUAUUCGACGUCCAGUUCGACCCAGAUUGCCAUAUAUUUACUGCCUCAACACAAGCCGGGUUCGCUGUCUAUCGUGCAUGGCCCCUCCAAUUACUUCGCAAGCGAGAACUAACUGGUGGAACUCUCGCCGCCGUAGUACCACUACAUACAUCGUCUCUACUGUUCCUCCUCGGAGGCGGACGCAGUCCACGCUAUCCUCCUAAUAAGGUCAUCCUCUGGGACGAUGCUCUGGGGCAAGAGGUUGCUGAGCUAGAGUUCAGGGAGAGGGUACGCGGGCUAGCGUGUAGGCGAGGCUGGCUGGCGGUAGCUCUGCGGAGACGAGUCGUCGUGUUUGAGUUGGGAGACGCGGUCACCAGGUACGGAGAGUGGGAUACCUGCGAUAAUCCGAGAGGCUUGCUUGCGAUUGCAACUGCUACACAUUCGACUCUAUUGGUGAUACCAGGCCGUCAGAUGGGCCAUGUACAAUUAGUUCACCUCCCACCAUGUCCCGCCCCUGAAAUCACUGGUCCUCCACCUUCGACUGCGCCUGUGAAACCUCCACCAGCACCAUUGAAACAUCCAGUUUCCAUCAUAGCAGCUCAUACGACCGCUCUGACUACACUCUCUGUGCCACCUUCUGGUCAUUUACUCGCUACUACCUCAUCAAGAGGGACUCUAAUUCGCAUAUGGGAUUCCACGACCGGGAAACUAGUCAGGGAACUCCGUAGAGGUACAGACAAAGCCGAGAUUUACGGGGUCGCUUUUCGCCCUGACGAACGAGAGAUAUGUGUAUGGAGCGACAAGGGCACUGUACACGUAUUUUCCCUCGCCAGUGGUUCCGGAGCAUCUAACCGACAAUCGACCUUUUCUCCAUUGACGCCAUUUAUACCCCUACCAAAGUAUUUUGGAUCAGAAUGGUCUUACGCUCAAUAUCGUAUUCCCUCGCAAUCAGCACACAUAUCUAUCUCAACACCUCCCUCCAAGCCAGCAACCGCUGAUGUAGUCGACGAAGAGAAGUGUGUGGUAGGAUGGAUCCAAGCGCCUUCAGAUAAUCAGGAAGACCCUGGUCGAGGACCGUUAAUUGAGCAUCAACUCAUCGUGCUGACAUACACUGGUGGUUGGUAUCGCCUCUCUCUGCCCACUUCCACGUCGUCCGCAACGUCCUCGAGCGUGCCGAUAUCUUCCCCGAUAAGUGCCGCGGUGUCAGCUUCACCACCCAUUGUGCGGGCAAUGUCCGCUGCGCGCCCACGAUCGACCAGCGGUUCGUCAUUCGCUGGCCACUCGGACAAGGGCAAGGAGAGAGAACAGGAGAAGGACGGAAAGGACAGUCGAGAUUGUACCUUGCGCGAGUUCAGGAGGUUUGGUAGGUGGGAUGGGUGGGGAUAG